AUGGACACCCUCUUCGUGGAGGAGGUGGCCGCCUCCCUGGUCAGGGAGUUCCUCAACAGAAAGGGCUUAAAGAAGACGUGUGUGAUCAUGGACCAGGAACGCCCACGCUCUGAUCUCAGCAUAAACAGCAGAAAUGAUCUCCGCAAGGUUUUGCAUCUCGAAUUUCUCUACAGGGAGAACAAGGCAAAAGAAAAUCCUCUAAAAACAAACCUUGAACUCAUGACCAGAUAUUUUCUGGAUCACUCUGGAAAAACAGAUAACAAUUUAACUCAAGAAACCCCGAUCCCUGCACUCUCAGUUCCAAAGAAAAUUAACAAAUUGCCGUUGAGAUGCUCAGAGACCAAGCUGGUAAAUAUAUAUGACCUUUCAGAUGAAGACACAGGAUGGAGAACAUCAAUGACAGAAACAGGCAAAGCCAGACAUGACAAUCUUGACGGGGAUGUCCUUGGUCAUCUUGUAUCAUCCAAAAGGCCCCACCACAAAAGCAAGCCCGUGCACUUGGUUGCAGGUGAAAGCCCCGCUUUGGUGUCUGCGUGGGAGAGGAUGGACAAGCUUCACUCUUCAGAGUCUUCCGUGGACAUGAAGAGGACAGGAGAGAAGACGAGGCCAAAGUCGGGUCUGAUCGUCCGAGGCAUGAUGGCUGGGCCCGUGGCCAGUUCCGCACAGGAUCCUUUACGAAAGCGCUCUCUGAGGAGGUCCCCAGCCCCCAGCAGCAAGACCCACGCCCAGGAGGAGGAGAGUGAGAAGGUGCCCGAGCUCUCCACCCAUACCCCAGCCUGUGCAGCCUCACAGAACAACUCAGCCUCCAGCAGAGGCUCAGUCUCCAGGAGCCCCCGGGGCCCGCCCAGUGAGCCAUCUAUGGAAAACUGCAAGGCCACUCCCAGCAGCCCUCCCCAGACUCCCCGCGCUGGACUGUCCCACUGGGACAAGACCAGACCAAGAGGUCUUUCAGAGGACAGCCCAGCAGAGAACGGUCCCAUCGAGGAGGAGAAAUCGCCCAUGAAGUUGUACCUGCCUGGUGGGUUUUCCAGGGUGACCCAGGAGAGGCUGGAAAGAGCAUUCAAGCGGCAGAGCAGCCAGCCCCCGCUUCUCAGGAAAAAUCAACCACUGGCGUCUGACAAGGUGGAUGAUGACCUGGGUGCCCUGCAGCUUGAGGAUGUGGAUGAUACAUUGAUAAAGGAAGAAGUCAUCCUGUCCCCAGCCCCAUCAGUACUCAAGCUGCAAGUAGCAUCAAAGCCAAUUGACCUCUCUGUAGCAAAGGACAUAAAGACCCUUCUGUUUGGUUCUUGCUUUUGCUGCUUCAAUGAAGAAUGGAAACUUCAGAGUUUUUCCUUCAGUGACACGGCUUCCUUAAAAUAUGGCAUUGUGCAGAACAAGGGCGGCCCCUGUGGGGUUCUGGCGGCCGUCCAGGGCUGCGUGCUGCAGAAACUCCUGUUUGAAGGCGAGAGCGGAGCCCGCUGCGCGCGGCAGCUGCAGCCUUCAGACACCCACAGGACCCGCUGCCUCACCCUGGCCAUUGCAGACAUCCUGUGGCGGGCUGGGGGCCGACAGAGAGCUGUGGUCGCGCUGUCUUCGGGAAGCGAGCAGUUCAGCCCGACUGGGAAAUACAAAGCCGACGGAGUCUUAGAAACACUCACACUGCACAGUCUGACCUGCUACGAGGAGCUGGUGACUUUCCUUCAGUACAGCAUUCAUCAGUUCCAAGCAGGCCCCUAUGGAUGCAUCCUGCUCACCCUGUCUGCCAUCCUGUCCAGGUCCCUGGAGCUGGUUCGCCAGGACUUUGAUGUUCCCACCACCCACCUGAUUGGAGCACACGGAUACUGCACACAGGAACUUGUCAAUCUGCUCCUGACUGGGAGAGCCGUGUCCAAUGUUUUCAACGACGUGGUGGAGCUGGAUUCUGGGAACGGGAACAUCACCCUCCUCCGGGGCAUUACAGCACGUAGCGAUAUUGGCUUCUUGUCCCUCUUUGAGCACUACAACGUGUGCCAGGUUGGCUGCUUCCUGAAGACCCCACGGUUCCCCAUCUGGGUAGUGUGCAGCGAGAGCCACUUCAGCGUCCUCUUCAGCCUGCAGAUGGAGCUCCUGUCUGACUGGAAGGCCGAGCGGCACUUUGACCUGUACUAUUAUGACGGCCUGGCCAACCAGCAGGAGCAGAUCCGGCUGACCAUCGAUACCACCCAGACCAGCCCCGAGGACAGCCACAAUGACUUUGUCCCUCCCCUGGAGCUCUGCAUCAGAACCAAGUGGAAGGGGGCAUCCGUGGACUGGAACGGCUCAGAGCCCAUCCUGUGACCCUUGGAUGCAUCUAAAGCCUGUGGCUCCACUGCUCAUCACUGGGGUGACUCCUGAGACCUACCUGGGCCUCAGCGGCAAGUCUCUGAGAAGAGCGUCACCCCCACCCAGGCCAGCAUGGCUAUGGAAGCAUACAGGGCCUCUUGCCCCUUCUGUGAAGGGCUGCCCAGGACUGUGAGACAGGACAGUGUGCUGCUGAGUUGCCUCCCAGCUGACUGUGACUGCCAAGGACAGGAAGGAGGCCACCAGUGGCUCCGCUGCCUUUUCACUCCUCUCUGGUUUCCCACUGGGUCACCCCUUGCCAAGGCCUCUGACGAGGGUGGCUCUGGGGACCCUGGUUAUUUCUGGUAAUUGGUUUUCUAUAAAGCAAGUAUCCAGCCCA